AGUUGCUCGCGGCGCCAGGGCGCCUGCACGUCGGUCCGACUCCGGCCGUGGGUCCGCGGCGCGCGCUUGGCCCCACUCGCUGCCCCCGCAGUCCUGGCCCGGGGCGGACCAGUGGUCCCCGCGCUCUCGCGAGAAGUUCGCCGCCGUAGGGCGGUGGGAUGCCAGAGCCCUCACGGGCCCUGGAGGGGCGGAAGAUGGGGUGGUGCGCAGAAAAGCCGCAGCUUUUGCUGCUGGCUCUCAUCCUCCAGCCCUGGACUCCCUGCCUAGGUGCAGACUCGGAGAAACCCUUCAGCAUCCCCACAGAUAAAUUAUUAGUCAUAACUGUAGCAACAAAAGAAAGUGAUGGAUUCCAUCGAUUUAUGCAGUCAGCCCAAUACUUCAAUUAUACUGUGAAGGUCCUUGGUCAAGGAGAAGAGUGGAGAGGUGGUGAUGGAAUUAAUAGUAUUGGAGGUGGCCAGAAAGUCAGAUUAAUGAAAGAAGUUAUGGAACAUUAUGCCAGUCAAGAGGAUCUGGUUGUCUUGUUUACUGAAUGCUUUGAUGUCAUAUUUGCUGGUGGUCCAGAAGAAGUUCUAAAAAAGUUCCAAAAGUCAAACCAUAAAGUGGUCUUUGCAGCUGAUGGAAUUCUGUGGCCAGAUAAAAGACUAGCAGACAAGUAUCCCAUUGUGCACAUUGGGAAACGCUACCUGAAUUCGGGAGGAUUUAUUGGUUAUGCUCCAUAUAUCAACCGUAUAGUUCAACAGUGGAAUCUACAGGAUAAUGAUGACGAUCAGCUAUUUUAUACUAAAAUUUACAUUGAUCCACUGAAAAGGGAAGCUAUUAAUAUCACAUUGGAUCACAAAUGCAAAAUUUUCCAGGCCUUAAAUGGAGCUGUAGAUGAAGUUGUUUUGAAAUUUGAAAAUGGCAAAGCCAGAGCUAAGAAUGUGUUUUAUGAAACAUUACCAGUGGCAAUUAAUGGAAAUGGACCCACCAAGAUUCUUCUGAAUUAUUUUGGAAACUAUGUACCUAAUGCAUGGACACAGGAUAAUGGCUGCACUCUUUGUGAAUUGGAUACAAUUGACUUAUCUGCAGUAAAUGUCUAUCCAAAUGUAACAAUAGGUGUUUUUAUUGAACAACCAACCCCUUUCCUAUCUCGAUUUCUGGAUGUAUUGUUGACACUGGAUUACCCUAAAGAAGCACUUAAAGUCUUUAUUCAUAACAAAGAAGUUUAUCAUGAAAAGGACAUCAAGGUAUUUUUUGAUAAAGCUAAACAUGAAAUCAGUACUAUAAAAGUAGUAGGACCAGAAGAAAAUCUAAGUCAAGCUGAAGCCAGAAACAUGGGAAUGGAUUUUUGCCGUCAAGAUAAGAACUGUGAUUACUACUUUAGUGUAGAUGCAGAUGUGGUUCUGACAAACCCAAGGACUUUAAAAAUUUUGAUUGAACAAAACAGAAAGAUCAUUGCCCCUCUUGUAACUCGUCAUGGAAAGCUUUGGUCCAACUUCUGGGGAGCAUUGAGUCCUGAUGGAUACUAUGCUCGAUCAGAAGAUUAUGUGGAUAUUGUUCAAGGGAAUAGAAUAGGGAUAUGGAAUGUCCCGUACAUGGCUAAUGUCUACUUAAUUAAAGGAAAGACGCUCCGAUCAGAGAUGAAUGAAAGGAACUAUUUUGUUCGAGAUAAACUGGAUCCUGAUAUGGCUCUUUGCCGAAAUGCUAGAGAAAUGACAUUACAAAGGGAAAAAGACUCCCCUACUCCGGAAACAUUCCAAAUGCUCAGCCCCCCAAAGGGUGUAUUUAUGUACAUUUCUAAUAGACAUGAAUUUGGAAGACUAUUAUCAACUGCUAAUUACAAUACUUCCCAUUAUAACAAUGACCUCUGGCAGAUUUUUGAAAAUCCUGUGGACUGGAAGGAAAAGUAUAUAAACCGCGAUUAUUCAAAGAUUUUCACUGAAAAUAUAGUUGAACAGCCUUGUCCAGAUGUCUUUUGGUUUCCCAUAUUUUCUGAAAAAGCCUGUGAUGAAUUGGUGGAAGAAAUGGAGCAUUAUGGCCAGUGGUCUGGAGGCAAACAUCAUGAUAGCCGUAUUUCUGGUGGUUAUGAAAAUGUCCCAACUGAUGAUAUCCACAUGAAACAAAUUGAUCUGGAGAAUGUAUGGCUUCAUUUUAUCCGGGAGUUUAUUGCACCUGUUACACUGAAGGUCUUUGCAGGCUAUUAUACAAAGGGGUUUGCAUUACUGAAUUUUGUGGUAAAAUACUCCCCUGAUAGACAGCGUUCUCUUCGCCCUCAUCACGAUGCUUCUACAUUUACCAUCAACAUUGCACUCAAUAGUGUGGGAGAAGAUUUUCAGGGAGGUGGAUGCAAAUUCCUAAGGUACAAUUGCUCUAUUGAAUCACCAAGAAAAGGCUGGAGCUUCAUGCAUCCAGGGAGACUCACACAUUUGCAUGAAGGACUUCCUGUUAAAAAUGGAACACGAUACAUUGCAGUGUCAUUUAUAGAUCCCUAAGUUAUUUACUUUUCAUUGAAUUGACAUUUCUUUGGAAUGGAUGACUGGUAUGAACAUAUUUUUGAAGUUGUGCUUGAGAAGAUGAGAGGAAUAUUUAAAUAUUCCACAGAACAACCUAACUUUGGGCCAAACAUUUGAAAAACUUUAUAAAAAAUUGUUUGAUAUUUCCUAAUGUCUGCUCUGAGCCUUAAAACACAGAUUGAAGAAGAAAGGAAAAAAGUAAACACAAAUAUUUAUUUCUGUGCCUUAUUGUCUUUGAGAAUAAUGAGAAUUUUCUGAAUUUGUGUUUCAGUUGAUAAAAUAUUCAGGUACAAAUGUACAAGCAACAAAUGAGACUGGUAAUAUUUUAUUUAACAAAAGCCUAAGAAGAAUUUUAUUUAUCAACAUAUAGAUGAAGUGAAUAUAAAUGAAAAUUGGCAAUUUUUAAAAUGUCUAAAAACUGGAAUUCUAACUGAAUUUGUGUGCAACUUAUUGUGUAAGUACUUUUUGACCACCUAUGCAAGUAUGUUUUAAAGUAUAGUUCCUGAAGGAAUACCAAGAACAAUAUUACAGUUUUUUUCCUUGAGAAAAUUAGUAUAAAAUGCAAUUAGGUGCAUACCCAGUUGAAAACAUUUUUGUUUAGAUUGUUAGACAGACUUUUUUUUACAUUUGUAUUAGAAAUCAAGCCCUGUGUUCCUUCAGAUAAAUUUUCCAAGGUAGAUUAUAGUAAAUAGAUACUAGAUUUAGAAAAGCUUUCAAGCCUUUCCAUUUCUUAUUGACUUAAGAUCACCAAGUGACCUUAAGUCAAAAAGGUUGUCGUUCUUUUAAUUCUAGAAAAUAAUGAGGAAAUUUUUUUCUUUGAGAUUAGUAGUAGCAUUUUGAUUUUAAAAAAUUAAGUACUUGAAUUUUAUAUCAGGAAAAUAAAGUUGGUGAGCCUUUCUUCCUUUUUGCCCUUUGUCUCCCUCUUUAUGUUCUUUUUUGUGAAGGUUAUCCUCUUUUUUGUCUUCCCAGCGUAGUCUCCAUUUUAUCCUUCUUACUCUUUUUAUUACCUUCUCUUUAUCACACUUUAGAAUAAUUUCCUAGCACAAAAAAAUUUGUGACUUGAUUUUUCACCAUUUCUCUGAGUGAGGUUUAAAUAUCCUUAUUGUAGCUACUGUUUUUAAUUUAAAGGUUAAACUUGAAAAAAAAGUUCUAAGUCAUGGUGCCAAAAUUUAUUUUUCUAACACUGUGUGUUAGAAAAUUAUGAAAAAUAAAAUAAUUU